ACCAUUACGAGUUUAUAAAGUUAUAGAUAUAAUAUUGGUAUCUCAAUAACACAUAAGAUUCAUAUGAAUCAAUGGUACGUGUACCAACCAAGAUAACAUAUGUUUAGUUUCGUAAAAUUACUGCCCAGUUAUCCACGCUUGCAGCUGACCAAACACGCGAAAAGAAAAAAAAAACCGAAAAAUGUCAAAAUAUGUGAAAGUAGCCAUUGAUGCGCAGCGGCGACCUGCACGUGUAGCUCCUGAGCUCAGACGUGCAGGCUGCCACGCUGUCACCGCCCGGAGCGACCAGCGAACUCGCGACCUUCUCUUUCUAUAAAGCCCAACCGCGGCGGCGACCAUGGGAAACGGUGGUGGGAAGAGGACGAAGGAGGAGAGACUCGCCGCCGCUCCCGCGUUGCCGUCGUCGUCGUCGGCGGCGCCAUUCUCCUCCUCCUCGUCGUCGCGGGCCACGAAGCGUCAGCGCGCGGCGGCCAUGGCGGACCGCUACUUCCCCAACGACUUCCCCGACUUCGUCGCCGAGUCCCCCGACGGCGGCCCCGGCCUCCUGUCGCUCCCGUACCGCGUCGUCGCCGACAGGCUCCGCGCCGCUGCGCUCCGGAUCAAGGACGAGGUCGUGGAGGAGACUUGGACCAGGGCGCGGCGCCAGGUGACGGACUACACCCUCUACACGGGCGCUCUCGGGACGGCGCUCCUGCUGUUCAAGUCCUUCCAGGUCACCGGCGACCGUGCCGAUCUCUCCCUCGCCGGCGACAUCGUGAAAGAGUGCGACGCCGCGUCGCGUGGCCUGCCACGCAGGUUCUUGACAUUCAUCUGUGGGAGGGCUGGGGUCUGCGCUCUCGGUGCAAUGAUCGCGAAACACUCCGAUGACCAGCUUCUGGUCACCCACUACCUGAGCAAGUUUGAUGAGAUAUUAGUCACCGAGAAUGUUCCCAAUGAGUUGUUAUAUGGAAGAGCAGGGUAUCUGUGGGCUUGCUUGUUCUUGAACACUCAUCUCGGCGAGAAGACGAUCCCCAUUGGGCACAUUACUUCUGUUGCAAAGGACAUCAUUGAGGAGGGGAGAAAGCUGUCUAACAGAGUGAGCUGCCCCUUGAUGUAUGAAUGGCAUGGAAAGAAGUACUGGGGUGCUGCCCAUGGGCUUGCUGGGAUCAUGCAUGUCCUCAUGCACACCGAACUGGAGCCGGAUGAGAAGGAUGAUGUAAAGAACACUCUCUUAUACAUGAUCAGGAACAGGUAUCCUAGUGGCAACUAUCCAUCGAGUGAAGGCAGUGAAUCUGAUCGUUUGGUGCAUUGGUGCCAUGGUGCCCCUGGCGUUGCUCUUACACUCGCUAAAGCAUAUCAGGUCUUCCAUGAUGAACAUUUCAAACAAUCGGCUGCAGAGGCUGCUGAAGUUGUCUGGAACCGAGGACUUCUGAAGAGAGUUGGAAUAUGCCAUGGUGUAAGUGGGAAUGCCUACGUAUUUCUCUCUCUCUACAGGCUAACUGGCAAUGUUGAGUACCUGUACCGGGCUAAGGCUUUUGCUUGCUUUCUGCUUGAGAGCGCUGAUCGGUUGAUUGCUGAUGGGACCAUGCAUGGUGGAGAUCACCCAUUUUCGUUGUUUGAAGGGAAGGCUGGGAUGGCUUAUCUCCUCCUAGACAUGAUUAGUCCAUCAGAAUCGAAGUUCCCGGCCUAUGAACUUUGAAGGACAUAAAUAUAUGUAUCCUGUUAGGAUCAAUUGCUCAGUGAUGCAUCCGUCCAAAGUAGCCACGUUGUGUUUUCUUGUUGCAUUGUAAUAUGUUGUCUUUGUAAAGUUCAGAAUCCAGAUGGUGCAGCUUGAACCUAUGUAAAAGACAUGUUUGAGGGAGUUUCUGGAAAUAUGGCAAUCUUUAUGUUGGUUCUUGCCU